AUGAGACGCUGGGCCUCCAAGAGUGAAAGUACAGAGUACGAGCAUCAGCCCAACCGAGCAACAAUACAGUCCUGGGAUCUUUUGCGCAACGAGCUACUCAGCCUAGACUGGAUUCCAUGGCGUGACGAAGGCGAAUGUUACCAAGCUCUCAACAUACAUGCACGACCAAGCCUGCUCUCUGGUGUAGGCGCGACAAAUCGCUACGAGGAAUACGACGGCGAGACGGAAAUGCUGCAAGACGAGCGAACGAAACUAAAGCGACACAUCGAGGCGGCCCGAAUGAGGAUUCCUGCCCUCAAUGUUGCCUUGAGAGCAGGCCGACAGCGAUCAGGUUCGUUGAGUACCGACGAGCUCAAGCGGCUGGUUGCUGAGCAUAGGAUCUCGAUAGAGCACUCUCCGACUCGACAUGUACAACCAGAAGGUUGGGGCAUUGGAAUGGUGCUGGAUGGCGUGGAGCGCAACGCACCGGACAAUAAAGCACUGCGACAGAAAAUCUUGUCCAUGCGACACGCCAGUGCCCAGCAACUGCGCAAUACCGCAAUGGAAUAUGGAUGUUCUAUUCCAGAAGUACCGGCGCCACCUCCUGCACCACCAUUGGAACUGGAUGCCAAGGUGGAGGUUGCGAGAGCUGUGCAGAACAUGUUCACUGUCAAGCGUCAAUUGUUCCAGGAGUGUGAGUGGGAGGAAAGGUUUGACGGUGACAAGUUCGAGGCAAGACGGGAUGAGUUGCUGGACGAGUAUCAUUCUUUCUUCAUGCUGCUAGGACCCAAGGGUCAGAACAUCCAUGAUCCUGUCGAGGGAGCGUGGUUGAGGGACUGGUUCAGGCAGAAGGCUGGCGAGAAGGCUGUUUAA